AUGUCCCCCAUCCGUACCUUCAACACCGAAACGAACCCUUCCCGGCCCGUCAGGCCGUCGCCCUUGGCCGCGUCACAGAUUCGUGGAAUGCCUCUUGAUAUAAUCGAUCGGAUACGCUCCUUUCCACUGUUUCAAUCUACACCGGAAUCCUUUUUAGCUGAGAUAGGGCUCCAUCUACGGCCGCAAAUAAAUUCUGCAAACGAUUAUAUCCUAACAGAGGGGGACGAUGCAAAGGCCAUGUAUUGGCUUGUGCGUGGGGCCGUGGCCGUCACGUCUCGAGAUGGCGAGAGUACAUAUGCGGAGCUGAAGCCUGGUGCUUUUUUUGGAGAAAUAGGCGUCCUGAUGGAUCGCCCUCGCACCGCCACUAUCAUCGCACGAACACGUUGUUUGCUGCUCAUCCUUACAAAGGAAGAUUUCAGGAACAUUCUUCCAAGAUUCCCCGAGGUGGAGCAAGCUAUCAGAGAUGAAGCGGAGGAGCGACUUCAGAUUCUAGAACGCAAGAAACAGAAGGAUUCUCCGCCUGCAGCGCUAGAAACGACAGCCCCGGGGCAAAGGCGUGUUACCAAGAGAGUACGGGAUACUUUCUCAGACGCCCUAGAUUUCAGUGGAGAUGACCAUCGCGAUGCCAACAAUUUCAGUAAGAAGCGCAAAUCGCCUAGUCCUAGCUGCCAGGAUGUUCCGACCUCCAGUGCCUUGGCCAACGGGCUUGUUAGCGUGCGAAUGCUCCUGAGAGAGCUCCCGCUGUUCGCCAAUUUACCGCCAGAUAUUCUUCAUUUUCUAGGCCUAAAUGCGCAGCCACGAACCUUCCCUCCAUUCACUGACAUCAUUCGACAAAAUUCACAGGGAAGGGAGGUAUAUUUCAUUGUACGCGGUGAAGUCGAGGUUCUCAACGAGCGAUGUGACCCCGUCAGCCCUCGGCGUGUAGCCGAUGCGGAAGAUUCAAGCAACGUGCAGGUUAAAGCGAGGCUAAAACAGGGACAAUACUUUGGCGAAGUCGUCAGUCUAUCGCUUGCUCCGAGAAGAACAGCCACAUCAAUGCCUCUUCUCACCUUCUCGGAAACAGAACUGGAGACUCUACACAAACCCAGCAGAAUGGAAGAGGAGUCUGUAGUGAAACCCUCUGACCCAGACCCUUUCCUAAGCGUCGGGUUGGAUAACGUUCGAUCUCGCUCACGACGAGGCUCUCUUGCUCCAAUAAUACCUGAAGACACCGCGCAAGACCAACAGUCUCAAUCUCAAUCAACGAGCAUUAACUCUCGCUCCCGGACACCAUCGCCUAACAAACACGCGCAGCUCUUCCCUUUCGCAAACUCGACUUUCUCCUUAUCUCAGACCAAGCCUUCUCGUCAUCGAAACAGUAUCCGUCAUCGUGGUAUACUAUCCAACGACCUCCUAGUUUCUAUAUUCCAGUAUCUCGAGCUGCAUACCCUGUUACGUCUCCGCGGCGUCUCACGCCAAUGGUGCGAGCUAUUAACUAGGUCUCCUCGUCUACUUCACUUCUUAGACCUAAGCCGUUAUAACCGCAGAGUCACUGAUGAUAUCCUCACUGGUAUCAUAUGUCCGUUUGCCGGAGAUAGACCGCGUGUCAUCGAUGCGAACAACUGCUUCCAUGUUACCGACGAAGGGUUCUCGGCUCUCGCUAACACUUGCGGUACUAACUUGCAAGUCCUGAAGAUGAAGAGUGUCUGGGAUGUUACCGCGCCAACGAUACUAGAUAUGACGAACCAUGCCAAAUCACUACAGGAGAUUGACCUGAGUAAUUGUCGGAAAGUGAGUGAUACGCUAUUGGCAAGAAUUGUUGGGUGGGUGGUACCAGCGCAACAGCCAAACCAGAACCACGUCAAUGGCAGAGCUUUGCAGAAUUCAAAGUAUGGGCAAAGGGGCGCAGUACAGCCGAAUCAGCCUGCUGCUGGAACAGUUUAUGGCUGCCCUUACCUCAAGAAAAUAACUUUGUCGUACUGCAAGCAUGUCACGGAUCGUUCAAUGCACCAUAUCGCUUCCCAUGCAGCACCCCGGCUUGAAGAAGUUGACCUCACACGCUGUACAACCAUUACCGACCAGGGUUUCCAAUACUGGGGUAACGCACAGUUCCUACGGUUGAGGAAACUGUGUCUAGCAGAUUGCACGUAUCUCACCGAUAAUGCCAUCGUCUACCUGACCAAUAGCGCAAAAUGUCUUCAGGAGCUUGACCUGUCGUUCUGCUGCGCUCUAUCCGACACUGCUACUGAGGUCCUUGCCCUCGGCUGCCCUCAACUAACGCACCUAAACCUCUCCUUCUGCGGCUCUGCCGUCUCCGACCCCUCACUACGCUCCAUCGGUCUCCACCUACUCAACCUCCGCGAAUUAUCUGUCCGCGGCUGUGUCCGCGUUACUGGAACUGGAGUCGAAGCUGUGGCUGACGGGUGCUCAAUGCUGAACCUACUCGACGUCAGUCAAUGUAAGAAUCUAGCCCCAUGGCUAGAAUAUGGCUUCCAGCACCGAUACCAGGACAGAAUUCAGUUCGUUACGGUUGCACACAAUGGAAGGAGAACCCGAUGA